AUGCGGAUUAGAUCUUCAGCUGCGAUGAAGAUUUUAUGCCUGCGCGUGAUUUCGCUGUUCGCCUUGAUGGUGAUGAUCUUCAGCACCUUGGAGAUAUGCAUUUUCCUGUACAUCAGCACUUUACACUCAGGGCUGGUGAAGCACUACACAUCGCUGUGGGCGGGACUGAGUUCGGUGGCCCUGGCGGCAGCCAUCGUCUAUCUUCACAUAGCCUAUUGUCGACUGUCCUCGUUUCACGGCUUCACGCUUUUCGGCCUGAUCACGUCGUUGCAGUGUGUUGCUUGGUUGCUGUCCGAGUUUGUCGAAUGGCGAACGGUUGACGAAUGCUCGACAGUGGUGCCCUCGCCGUCGCUGUUUCGCAUCCAUUGGUACUCGUCGAUCCUCUUCUCGCUGUCCGUCGCAUGCUCGUUCGGCGGAUUUGAAUUCGCGCUACUCGUCUACCUCAUCUGGCUGCCGAAAUACCUCACCAUACCGAGAAUGUUCGCCGUCAGUCCACAUGACGAACGCCCACCUCCGAGGAGUCCGCAGCACGACGCGGCGAACCUCAGCAGCGAAAUCAAAUCGCUCAAUUUUUCUGGUCAUCUGGCAUCAACCCCGAAGGACCGGCUCCACGAAGGUCACAAGCGCUGUGCGACCGCCAUGACGGCCACGGUGGACUCGCCGUACUUCGAACCAUUUUACUGCACCCCGUUCAUGAAAGGCAAAGUGGUCAUCAAAAAUCACAACACCCCAAAGUCAAACGAACUGUCAGCCGUCAAGCAGCAAACCGCAAUCAAAAGCGCCCGGCAACAAGCUGCCAUAGAAAACAGCCUCAUAGAACAUCCCGACCUUCCGUUGCGCUCGUACGGUAUGGUGAUUAGACCAAACUUUCGCAAGAAUCGCAGGCCAAUCGUUUCCAAAUUUUGA